AAAGAAAACCACAUUAAUUCUUGCUAUAGAAAAAUAUUUUUACAAACAACACCAUGAUAGCCCCUUUAGCAAUAAUAAUAAUCUAUGCUUUCCUAGCAAUAAUACUCUCCUCAAUCCUUUUAGCCCUUGCUUACAAAUUGUGGUGGGCCCCACUCCAUAUCCAACACAAACUUGGGUCCCAAGGCAUCAAAGGCCCCUCUUACAAGUUCUUGCAUGGCUCCACAAAAGAGCUCAUGAGUAUCAAGAAAAUGCAGAGCUCCAAAAAACCGGUCGAUUUAUCGUCACACGAUAUUUUUCCGACCAUCUUGCCUCAUUUCUACACGUGGAUGAAAUUAUACGCAAUGAUUGAUAGUGUUGAAGCUAUGUUGGAUAAUUGGAAAAAUUACGAGGGCAAAGAAAUCGACGUUUGCAGUGAUUUUAAGGUUCUUACAUCAGAAGUGAUUUCAAGGUCGGCUUUUGGAAGCAGUUAUGUUGAAGGGAGAAAGAUAUUCGAAAUGCUCUCGGAUUUGUACGUCUUGAUUUCUAGAAACAUGCACACGGUCAGAUUCUUCGGCAUCGGAAAGCUUUUGAGAACAGAGGACGAAAUCGAAGCCGACAAAAUCGAGAAGUUUCUCCACGACUCCAUCAUGGGAAUCGUAAAGAAAAGACAAGACGACGUAAAAACUAACCGAGCCCUCAAUUUUGGGAACGAUUUUCUCGGUUCACUAUUAAAAUCCCACCACGAAUUGAACCCCAAAAAACAGAUAUCGGCUGCUGAAAUCGUCGACGAAUGCAAGACAUUCUAUUUCGCCGGCCAAGAAACGACCACCGGUUUACUGUUGUGGAGUAUUCUUCUCCUUGCAAUCCACACCGAAUGGCAAGAAAAAGCAAGAAACGAGGUAAACAUGAUACUACUCGAAACAAUGAGGCUAUACAGUCCUGCAACCAGCAUGAGUCGAAUGACAAAACGAAAGGUCAAAUUGGGAAAAUACGAACUUCCAGCAAACGUGGAAUUGCACAUUCUACUUCAUGCAGUGCACAGAAACCCAAAAAUAUGGGGACACAACGCGCAUCUUUUCAGACCAGAAAGAUUUUCUGAGGGUUUAGCUAAAGCGACCAACGGUAAUGCGACAGCCUUCCUAGGAUUCGGGUUUGGACCUCGGUUUUGUGUUGGUAUGAAUUUUGCGAACAAUGAGGCCAAAAUAGCGUUGUCGAUGAUUCUCCAACGGUACAAGUUCACGCUCUCGGGAAAUUACGUGCACUCGCCUUAUGUACUUCUCACAACUCAACCACAACAUGGAAACAACUCCAACCGUCUUCUAUCUCACACUCUUGCAAGAAAUUUUGCCACCAUGAUUGCCCUUCUUCCAGCAAUCUCUGUCUUCCUUGCAAUAUUACUAGUAAUUCCCUUAUUAACAGCAGCUUACAAAUUAUGGUGGGCCCCACUUCAUCUCCAACACAAGAUGAGGUCCCAAGGGAUAAGAGGACCUUCUUACAAGAUCUUCCAUGGCACCUCAAAGGAGCUCAUCAAAUUCAAGAAUCAAACAAACAAAGCCCCCAUGGAUUAUUCGACUCAUGAUAUUUUCCCAAUAAUCCAGCCUCAUUUGUAUUCUUGGAUGAAAUUAUAUGGGAACAAUUUUGUCCACUGGAUGGGUACUCAGCCUUAUUUAGUUGUUACUGAGCCUGAUUUGAUUAAAGAAAUUCUGAGCAACAGAGAAAAUUUUUAUCCGAAACCCAAAAUAAAAGGUUACUUGACGAAAUUGUUGGGAGAUGGGAUUGUUAGGGCAGAAGGUGAAAAAUGGUUAAAGCUUAGGAAAUUGGCUAAUCAUGCUUUCCAUGGAGAGUGUCUCAAGGAUAUGGUUCCAGCCAAGAUUGCUAGUGUUGAAGCUAUGUUGGAUAACUGGAAAAAUUACGAGGGAAAAGAAAUCGAGGUUUGCAGUGAAUUUAAGGUUCUUACAUCAGAAGUGAUUUCAAGGACAGCUUUUGGAAGCAGUUAUGUUGAAGGGAGAAAGAUAUUCAAUCUGCUCAGGGAUUUGGGCGUUUUGAUUUCAAAAAACGCGUAUAACAUCAGAUUUUUUGGCACUGAAAAGUUUGUAAGAACACAUGACGACAUUGAAGCCGACAGAGUCGAGAAGCUACUUCACGACUCAAUCAUGGAAAUCGUGAAGAAGAGACAGGACGAAGUGAAAACGGGCGGGGCCCACAAUUUCGGGAAUGAUUUUCUUGGGUCGCUCUUGAAAUCUCACGACGAUAUGGGCUUGGGAGGCCCGAUAUCGGCUGCUGAAAUAAUCGACGAAUGUAAAACGUUCUAUUUUGCCGGGCAAGAAACGAGUUACAGUUUAUUGUCGUGGAGUGUUCUGCUUCUUGCGAUCCAGACGGACUGGCAAGAGAAAGCGAGAAAUGAGGUGAUCGAGCUUUUCGGACGGGAAAGUCCAAACUCGGAAGGCCUUGCCAGAUUGAAGAUAGUGAACAUGAUUAUAUACGAAACGUUGAGGCUAUACAGUCCAGUGACGAUUAUCACUCGGAGGACGGACAAAAAGGUCAAAUUAGGUAAAUACGAAAUUCCGCCUAACGUAAUCCUUUCGAUUGCACCUCUUGCUCUGCAUAGAAACCCGGAAUUAUGGGGGCAAGAGGCUCAUUUUUUUAGGCCCGAGAGAUUUUCCGAGGGUUUAGCUAAAGCAACCAACGGCAAUGCGACAGCCUUUCUAGGAUUCGGUUUUGGACCUCGGAUUUGUGUUGGUAUGAAUUUCGCGAGUAAUGAGGCCAAAAUAGCGCUGUCGAUGAUUCUCCAACGCUAUAAGUUUACGCUCUCGGCAAAUUAUGUGCACUCGCCUGAUAUAUUUCUCACAACUCAGCCACAACAUGGAGUUAAGAUUUUGCUACAACCUUUAAAUUUUGCAACAAUGAUUGCCCUUCUAGCAAUCUUUGUCUUCCUUGCAAUAUUACUACUAAUUCCCUUAUUAACAGCAGCUUACAAAUUAUGGUGGACCCCACUUCAUCUCCAACAUAAGAUGAUGUCCCAAGGGAUCAGAGGACCCUCUUACAAGUUCUUCCAUGGAAGCUCAAAAGAGCUCAUCAAAUUCAAUAAUCAAACAAACAAAGCCCCCAUGAAUUAUUUGACUCAUGAUAUUUUCCCAAUAAUCCAGCCUCACUUGUAUUCUUGGAUGAAAUUAUAUGGGAACAAUUUUGUCCACUGGAUGGGUACUCAGCCUUAUUUAGUUGUUACUGAGCUUGAUUUGAUUAAAGAAAUUCUUAUCAACAGAGAGAGUUUUUAUCCAAAGACCAAACUAAAAGGUUACUUGAAGAAACUGUUGGGAGAUGGGAUUGUUAUGGCAGAAGGUGAAAAAUGGUUUAAGCUUAGGAAAUUGGCUAAUCAUGCUUUCCAUGGAGAGUGUCUCAAGGAUAUGAUUCCAGCCAUGAUUGCUAGUGUUGAAGCUAUGUUGGAUAAUUGGAAAAAUUACGAGGGCAAAGAAAUCGAUGUUUGCAGUGAUUUUAAGGUUCUUACAUCAGAAGUGAUUUCAAGGACAGCUUUUGGAAGCAGUUAUGUUGAAGGGAGAAAGAUAUUCAAUCUGCUCAGGGAUUUGUGCACUUUGAUUUCAAAAAACGCGUUUAACAUCAGAUUUUUCGUCACUGAAAAGUUUGUAAGAACAAAGGAAGACAUUGAAGCCGAUCGAGUCGAGAAGCUACUUCACGACUCUAUCAUGGAACUCGUGAACAAGAGACGGGACGAGGUGAAAAUGGGCCGGGCCCAAAAUUUCGGGAAUGAUUUUCUUGGGUCACUCUUGAAAUCUCACGACGAUAUGGGCUUAGGAAGCCCGAUAUCGGCUGCUGAAAUAAUCGACGAAUGUAAAACGUUCUAUUUUGCCGGGCAAGAAACGACUUACAGUUUAUUGUCGUGGAGCGUUAUGUUUCUUGCAAUCCACACGGACUGGCAAGAGAAAGCGAGAAAUGAGGUGCUCGAGCUUUUUGGACUGGAAAAGCCAAAUUCGGAAAGUCUUGCCCGAUUGAAGAUAGUCAAACUAGGAAAAUUCGAAAUUCCGGCUAACGUAAACCUUUCGAUUCCACCUCUUGCUCUGCACAGAAACCCGGAAAUAUGGGGGCAAGACGCUCAUCUUUUCAAACCCGAGAGAUUUUCCGAGGGUUUAGCUAAAGCAACCAAUGGCAAUGCCAUAGCCUUCCUAGGAUUCGGUUUUGGACCUCGGAUUUGUGUUGGUAUGAAUUUCGCGAGUAACGAGGCCAAAAUAGCGUUGUCGAUGAUUCUCCAACGGUACAAGUUUACGCUAUCGGGAAAUUACGUGCACUCGCCUGAUAUAUUCCUCACAACUCAGCCAAAAUAUGGAGUUAAGAUUUUGCUACAACCU